AUGACAAAGAGAAAAAGCACUGAUAAUGCAGCUGCGGGAGUUGCACGACCCUCCACCUUUGAGGUCACCACGGCUGAUCUUCAACACCUUAUGGAGGCGAGGGGUGCUGCCAGCGUUAAAUGCCUUAAUGAACGUUAUGGUGGAAUACAGGGUCUGUGCAGAAAACUCAAGACGUCUACUCAUGAUGGUUUAUCUGGCUCCGAUUUCCAAGAGAGGCGGGAGGUCUUUGGCACCAAUGUUAUUCCACCGAAACCGCCCAAACACUUCUGCACAUUGGUGUGGGAGGCCAUGCAGGAUGUGACCCUCAUCAUCCUCAUUGUCGCCGCUUUUGUCUCUCUUGGUCUCUCACUCUACACCAAAUACGUUGAUGUCGCCAGUCAAGACGAGACAGAGGGUGAGGCCGGAUGGAUAGAGGGAGUUGCUAUCCUCGUUGCUGUGGUGGUUGUUGUUCUUGUGGUGGCCUUCAAUGAUUGGUCUAAGGAGCGUCAAUUUCGCGGUUUGCAGAACAAAAUUGAAUCGGAUCACAAAUUUGCUGUCAUUCGACAAGGUCAACUGGUCCAGCUUCCCAUUUCUGACAUACUUGUUGGUGAUGUAUGUCAAAUUAAAUACGGAGACCUCCUACCAGCUGAUGGUGUCCUUAUUCAAUGCAAUGAUUUGAAAAUUGAUGAAAGCGCAUUGACAGGUGAAUCGGAUCAAGUUAAAAAGAGCGAAACUAAGGAUGUCUGUCUCUUCUCUGGAACCAACGUAGUGGAAGGAUCAGGCCGAAUAGUCAUAACAGCAGUCGGUGUGAAUUCACAAGCUGGCAUCAUUUUUGCCCUCCUAGGGGCUGCCGAUGAUGAGGGUGAAAAGAAGAAGGGUAAAGACAAAAAAGGUGACUCUACACGCGACUCCAAGAAGUCCGAUAAGAAGAAAGAAGUGGAGAAGACUCCUGAGACUGUAGCUCUAAAGACAGCUGAUGAUCAAGCAAAGGAUGAGAAAAAGAAAAAAAAGAAGUCAAAAUCACGAAAGGAGAAAUCGGUUCUUCAAACUAAGCUCACUAAACUUGCCAUUCAAAUUGGUUAUAGUAUGAAAAAAAACGGAAGAAAGCAGCUCAUUGAAAAAAGAAGCAGCUUAACGCAAUGUGUUUAUCUGACUUCGAGAUCAAAGAGUUCGAUUGGCUGUGCUUUCCUCUCUCUAGGUACUGCUGUUGCCGUGCUCACCGUCAUAAUUUUGGUGCUCAAAUUUACAAUCGUGACAUUCGUGUACGAGAAGGAGCCAUGGAACACGGGCAAGCAUUUGAAACGUUUGGUAGGCUUCAUAAUUACCGGUGUCACUGUAUUGGUCGUUGCUGUACCUGAGGGUUUACCUCUGGCUGUUACACUCGCUCUCGCCUACUCCGUUCGGAAGAUGAUGGAUGACAACAAUCUGGUUCGCCAUCUGGACGCCUGUGAGACCAUGGGCAAUGCAACAGCCAUCUGUUCGGACAAGACUGGAACACUGACCACGAAUCGUAUGACAGCGGUACAGUGUUAUAUGGGUCAGCAUCACUACAAGGCUGUCCCCAGUGGAGAAAAAUUCCCACCUCCUGUGCUUCAACUACUCAAACAGAGCAUACCCAUUAAUAGUGGCUAUACAUCCAAACUUCUUCCUCCACCAAGUCCGGGAGCUUUGCCUCAGCAGGUGGGCAACAAGACAGACUGUGCUCUACUUGGCUUUGUAAAUGCCAUAGGUGGAAACUACGAAGCUAUGCGAUCUGAAUGGCCUGAGGAGCGCCUCUACAGGGUGUACACCUUUAAUUCUGUCCGAAAGUCUAUGAGUACUGUCAUCAAAGAGGAGAACGGUGACUUCCUCCUGUUUACAAAAGGCGCCUCUGAGAUUGUAGCUCGCAAGUGUAAGUGGAUCUUAGACGCUUCUGGCGAGCCUGUACCCUUCUCCCCAGCCGAUCAGGAGCGUCUGACACAAGAGGUCAUUGAAGUCAUGGCUGGAGACGGUCUUCGAACCAUUGGUCUAGCCUAUAGACGUUUCAAUGCAUCCGAAGGUGAGCCAAACUGGGACGAUGAGGAUACUGUCAUAAAUAAUCUGACAUGCAUCGGUAUUGUGGGUAUUGAGGAUCCGGUGCGUCCAGAAGUACCACCAGCCAUUCGUCAAUGUCAGAAUGCUGGUAUUACAGUACGCAUGGUGACAGGUGACAACGUGAAUACUGCACGUUCGAUUGCCACUAAGUGUGGUAUUCUUCGUCCUGGUGAAAAUUUCCUCGUUCUCGAGGGUCAAGAUUUCAAUCGUCGCAUACGUGAUAAGGUUACCGGACAGGUGAAACAGGAGCUCUUCGAUAAGGUUUGGAUGAAUCUUGCUGUUUUGGCACGGUCAAGUCCUCAGGACAAAUACGUUUUGGUAAGCGGUAUCAUCAAAAGUCGCAAGGGGCCCCAACGUCAAGUGGUCGCUGUUACCGGUGAUGGUACAAACGAUGCACCGGCUCUUAAACGGGCUGAUGUCGGCUUUGCUAUGGGUAUUGCCGGCACGGAUGUAGCAAAAGAGGCCUCUGAUAUCAUCCUCACUGAUGACAAUUUCACCAGUAUUGUCAAGGCUGUCAUGUGGGGUCGUAAUGUCUACGACUCGAUUGCGAAGUUCUUGCAAUUCCAACUUACCGUCAACGUGGUUGCCAUCGCUGUCGCAUUUAUUGGUGCAGCUUUUGUUUCUGACAGUCCACUAAAGGCCGUGCAAAUGUUGUGGGUCAACUUAAUCAUGGAUACAUUGGCAUCACUGGCUCUGGCGACAGAAUUACCGACACCGGAAUUGUUGGAGAGGCAGCCCUACGGUCGAACUUCUCCACUUGUCAGUCGAAGUAUGCUCAAAAACAUCCUUUUACAUGCCGCCUAUCAACUGGCUGUCAUUAUGGGUCUCCUCUUCGCAGGCGAGUACAUAUUGGAGUGUGACAGUGCACGAGAACUCGUUGCCAAUGGGAUAUCUAAACCGACUCAACAUUUCACAGCCAUCUUCAAUUCCUUUGUGUUGAUGACUCUCUUCAAUGAACUAAAUGCUCGCAAAAUUCAUGGUCAACGCAAUGUCUUCAGUGGAGUCUUUCGCAAUUGGAUCUUCCUUAUCAUCUGGAUUGCUACUAUGGUGUUACAGAUAAUUAUUGUUGAAUUUGGUGGCUAUGCUUUCUCCACCCACGGUCUUGACUUGAAUCAAUGGAUGUGGUGCCUCUUCUUCGGUAUUGGCGAACUUGUUUGGGGCCAGCUAGUGAUCUCAGUGCCCGACUCUAUUAUUCCCGAAUGCAAACGACGCAAGUUGGCAGAACAGGCAGCAGAGGAGGAGUUGGAAGAGGAAGAAGAGGAUAUUGAGGCCGAGCCCUCGGGCACUCCAUCGGAGGAGGAAGAAGCCGCUGUCAAAGGUCAAAUUCUCUGGCUCCGUGGUCUUAACCGUCUUCAAACUCAGCUCAAAGUUGUCAACGCCUUUCGUAUGGGCUUAGACGCGCGGUACGAUAGUGAGCAGCGCAAGAGCCUCACAGCAAUCGCUUUCAGGCAGAGGCAGAGCCAAUCCACGGACUAUGCUGAUGCCGAUGCUGGCAGCGGUAGUGUGAGAUCCUCAGCACGCAACCGCGAAAGAAGCGAGGAGGCCGAGGGAGAGGACGGUUUUUCCCGCUCCAGCAAGCGAACGGAACAGGCCCUGUUGCAUUAA